CUUGCGCUCAAACCUUCCAGUCAGUGAGUAGCGCGUAUACCCAGCGCACACGAGAGCGCGCUCUGCCCGAGAAACCCGACUUAAGUUUUCCAACACGACUCUCUGGAAAGCAGUUUCUAAAGUCACUGGAUACACAGGCUUUUACCCAAGGCAUUUGGAGAGACAGACAGAAAACUCGAAAUAACAUUCGGAAGAUUCUCUCAAAAACCUUGAAGAAGAAAAACUAUGCGCUCCUUGUGGAUUCAGUUUGGAUCUAUUUUUGGACUUUUGUCAGGGCUUCCUUCACAAAUCCAGUCAUUUGCCUAACAUGAUUGCUUUCAGACCACGAGUGUUGUGACAAGAGCACAAACAAGGAGUUUUAAAAAAAAUUGGUCACAGAGAAACUUUGACUGUGCACGCGCGGCUUAAUUUCUUUCAGAACGAAUCAACUGAACAACGGCUGUCCUCAAAAUGCAACACUGUUGCGGGAUUACUGUAAAUAUUCUUCUGUUUUUCACUCUGGCCCUGCAGCCGUCCAGCGCUCAGUAUCAUGGCGAGAAGGGCAUCUCCAUUCCCGAGCACGGCUUCUGUCAGCCCAUAUCGAUACCUCUCUGUACGGACAUCGCCUACAAUCAGACCAUUAUGCCUAACCUUUUGGGUCACACCAACCAGGAGGACGCCGGGUUGGAGGUGCACCAGUUCUACCCCCUGGUGAAAGUGCAGUGCUCCAUGGACCUGAAGUUCUUCCUCUGCUCCAUGUACGCGCCGGUUUGCACAGUGCUCGAGCAAGCCAUCCCGCCGUGUCGCUCCCUGUGCGAGCGCGCGAGACAAGGCUGCGAGGCCCUCAUGAACAAGUUCGGCUUCCAGUGGCCCGAGCGACUGCGCUGCGAGAACUUCCCGGUCCACGGCGCGGGAGAGAUCUGCGUGGGCCAGAACACCUCGGACGCGGGAAGCCCGACCUCAAACCCGACGCCCUACGUGCCAGAACUGAUCACACUACAGCCGAGCGUGGUCAGACCCAGCCAGCAAUUCACAUGCCCGCUGCAGCUCAAAGUGCCCACUUAUCUGAAGUACCACUUCAUGGGCGAGAAGGACUGCGGGGCGCCAUGUGAGCCCACUAGACCCAACGGAUUGAUGUAUUUUAGAGAGGAAGAGGUCAAAUUUGGUCGGCUCUGGGUGGGCAUUUGGUCCAUUUUGUGCUGUGUGAGUACACUCUUCACAGUUCUCACAUACUUAGUGGACAUGAGGAGGUUCCGUUAUCCGGAGAGGCCCAUCAUCUUCCUCUCCGGGUGUUACUUCAUGGUGGCUGUCGCAUACGCAGCUGGCUUUUUCCUUGAAGACAAAGUCGUGUGCAUUGACAAAUUCAACGACGAUGGUUACAAGACUGUUGCGCAGGGGACCAAAAAAGAGGGCUGCACUAUCCUCUUCAUGAUCCUCUAUUUCUUCGGCAUGGCGAGUUCAAUCUGGUGGGUCAUUCUGUCCCUCACAUGGUUCCUUUCUGCGGGAAUGAAGUGGGGUCAUGAAGCCAUCGAGGCCAACUCUCAGUACUUCCACCUGGCCGCGUGGGCUGUCCCAGCAGUCAAGACCAUCACCAUCCUCGCCAUGGGCCAGGUCGAUGGCGACCUCCUCACCGGUGUGUGUUACGUUGGCAUCUACAACGUGGACUCGCUGCGUGGCUUCGUCCUGGCGCCGCUUUUCGUCUACCUCUUCAUCGGCACCUCGUUUCUCCUGGCCGGCUUCGUGUCACUUUUCCGCAUCAGAACCAUCAUGAAGCACGACGGUACCAAGACGGAGAAGCUGGAGAAGCUGGAGAAGCUGAUGGUGCGCAUCGGCGUGUUUAGUGUGCUCUACACGGUUCCCGCGACCAUCGUGAUCGCCUGCUACUUCUACGAGCAGGCUUUCCGGGAGCAAUGGGAGAAGACCUGGCACAUGCAGACGUGCAAGCGAUUCGCCGUCCCUUGCCCGGUCAAUAACUUCGCCCCUAUGUCUCCAGACUUUACGGUGUUCAUGAUAAAGUACCUGAUGACCAUGAUCGUAGGAAUCACCUCUGGAUUUUGGAUAUGGUCUGGGAAAACUCUGCAGUCGUGGCGCAGGUUUUAUAAAAGACUCAGUAAUAGCAACCAAGGCGAGACGACGGUAUGAAAAAGAAGCGAGUCUGUGUUUGUUUUUGGCCAGGCUAUGAAUGAUCAUGCAACUUUUCUCUGAGAUGAAUGUCUCGAGCGGAGACAUGGCGAACCGUUACGCGAAACGAGACUUGUUGAGUGAGUUUUGUGGACACUACUGUGUGCCUAUGCGUUUCCACGGUGGAAGCGGACCAUCAUGAACAGUGUUAUCAGCCUGAGUCUGUUUUGGGUUUUCUCAUGUAUGUGAAAAAGACAUUUGAGUGUAUUUCUGUGUAACACGAUAUCAUUUGCAUAUGUGAUCUCUGUAGACAGUAGCCUACUGAAUGCGUUGCGCAAUGCUCACGGUUCUGUACCUGAAAUUUCGGAAGUAAUUUGCCUUAUACACAUAACAGGGGACUUGUAUGACUUUCGCAGCCCUAUACGUCGACAAUCAUGCAUACUUCAUGGACCGUCAAGUACGCAUUAGGAUUGGGAUUCUUAUAUGCAUGUGUACAGCUGUGAAUUUAUGCAAGCUCCCUUUAAACGAUGUAAUGUGUAAAUAAUCACCCUUUCUCAAAGAGUAUAUGUAUUUAUGAAAAUAAUCUUGUUGUUUUUUACUUGGUUUUUAAAAUUUGGUAAGAGACCUUUGUAUCUGUACAGUUUCGCUGAAUAAAAUGAUUAGAUUUUUAACGAA